GUCAGGAAUAUAAACCCCGCGAGGCUCCUCGAUCCAGCAUACGAUCUUCCCACAGCAACCUCAACAUGACUCCCAACGCCACUGCUGUAUCUGCUCUAUCUUAUGCGCCCCGCACCGUGGCCAUGAGAAAGGAGGCAAACGAACUGAGAAAAACCUUAAAACCAUUACUGGAAAAGAAACGACGAGCGCGCAUCAACGAGAGCCUCGACCGAUUAAAAGCGCUCAUUCUCCCGCUCACAGGCAAAGAUAAUUGCCGUUAUUCUAAACUGGAGAAAGCUGAUAUUUUGGAGAUGACCGUUCGAUUCCUGACUGAUAUUCAAUCCACUCCGUCUAAAGAUGGUGCCGUUAGUUUUAAAGAGGGGUACACGACCUGCAUACAGCGCGUUUCAGCUCGUAUACCGCAAACCAACCUCGACACAGAAACGCGCCAUCGCGUCAACGAGUUCAUCCAGCGUUCGACGAUGUCCAAGACACCAGCCUGCCAGAACUGCUGUGCACAGAGCUCCAAAAUGAUGUCACAAAUCCAGCAAAAACUUCUGAAUUUGAAAUCUAGCAGCUCAAGAAUCGAAAACCCCGAAAAACGCAACAACGCUGAUAUUCUCAGUCAACAGCCUGUGCCACUGAUCACCGAUGCCGAAGUCUGGAGACCUUGGUAGAUCUAGGCUACCAUACAAAUGACUGUUAUGAUCUAAUAAUACAAGCCUUUCAGAAUUGUACAUAUCGGCAACCU